AUGCCAGUGGUGCUUCCAAACCGGCGUCAGGGGAGUAACAGCUUUUAUGGUCGCAAAUCGUCAUUUGACGCGGAGUGCAUACGAGAGAGAUGCUCUGUUCUACGGAGUCAUAGGCAGCUGGUUCAACAACGUGCACUUGAGCAGGAUCAAGAGCCUUGGCAUACGAAUGAAAUGUAUCGGGGAAAUGAUGAUGCUUCCCACUGACCUCCAAACGAAGAUGCGUGACAUGGAGAUCGCUUCAUCAGAUGCAGCGUGGACGCGGAUUUGUCUAGCGUGCAUCGGUUAUACCACUAAACACCAAAUGGCGCAAACCGCCUUACACAUGGCAAGAGCGGUCAAAUUCAGCUCUCUCCGAAGCGAUGACCUCACCGAAGAUUUCAUGAACUCUUACAUCGACCAAACAGAGUGCCCCGAUGUGGACAUGCUGAUGCGAUGCGCCGGUGCACGAUUAAGCGAUUUCGUGGUCAUGCAAUGUGGUUACGCGUACCUCAACAUGACGUCAAAGAAGUGGCCGGAUGUUGGCUUCUGGGAUUGGGUUUGGGCUUUUCUAAUGUAUCAAUUGCACUGGCCCGCCAUCUUGGCCGUGAAAGAACGACAUCGUGCCUUGGGGACUUCUCGCGACGACAAGCUGGAUCAAGGACGAAAAGUCCGUCAACAAGCUUUCAUGAAGAACGUCGAAGCUGUGAAAACCUGCAGCGUUUACAGCCUCACACAUCGGGGGCUGAAUGUUCGAGACAGACUAAAGGAUCAAUGACUAUGUUAUAUGUGUGAGAUUGAAAGGCUGUUUAAAUUGAAGUGACGUCCUCUUCACGAUCACCAAACAUCAUUACUUUUCAACCUCGCGAGCAAUAAAAUUUAAAAAAGCAACGUGCGGCAUGACGCAGCAUUUUUGUUUUAGUCUUCCUGGGGCGAAACUGUUCGUAAGUCUAAUAUGAAAGUGUCAAGUAAAGGGUGUGCAGAAGCAUCCAUUGACGCCAUAUGCCAGAGGCGACUGUGAGACGACAAUAUAUCUAAGCUACUGAGCAUAUUCUUGAAAAACAGUAUUGUGCACAAUUUGCCGCUUGAAAGCGACCAGCAACAAUAUAGCAGAGUGCUCGGAUAGCACGCUUAAAUUUCGAACUUUAGCAUAUAAGACUUAUUUCAAACAUGUAGUACACAAGCAAAAAUGCAGAGCCCUCCCACUAUGUGAAGAUGGAUGACCAGCGAAGCUGUACCUGUUGAUGACCCUAUUGAGUUAUAUAUGGUUAAUUGCUAUAUUGAUUCAAUAAAGACACAUACACAUAACUUCGUUGUUAUCGUCUUUUAUUUUCUCUUUACUUUGUCACCAUGGUAACCAUUGCUUUGUGGUAAGUGUGAUAUACUGCAAUUGGUUGCCGAUGCUAUCGCGCCCACACCCGCUUUUGUUCGCGAAGGCAAUCCUCACGGGCACGCUGUUGUUCUUCAUCGGUCACAGAGCGGCUAUCCGACGUUACG